AUGAGUCUCGAAGACGCCAAACAGUUGGAUAAGAGAUUCCCAACUUACAAGCAUGAAUUCAACGUCCCGACGUUUGAAUCGUUAGGUAUCAAUAAUUCUCAAUUUCCGCCUACAACAGAAUCGAUAUACCUUUGCGGCAAUUCUCUUGGACUCAUGCCUAAACAAACUUCAAAGGCUAUAAAUAACGAGUUACAGGCUUGGUCAAUGCGAGGUGUUGAAGCGCACUUUAACCACCCUGGCGAGCCUAAGCUCACUAAUUGGGUAGAUAUCGACUUGCCUAUAUUGCCUAUGCUUUCGCAAAUUGUUGGCGCUAAUCAGAAUGAAGUUGCAGUAAUGGGAUCCCUUACAUCUAAUUUGAAUGCCUUAUUAAUUCAUUUUUACAAACCUCUUGGGAAAAGAACCAAGAUUCUUUUUGAAAAACAAGCGUUUCCUUCUGACUAUUAUGCGUUUUUGAAUAUCGUUAAACUUUUUGGAUUUGAUGAAUCUCACUUGAUACAAAUCGAAGUCCAAGCAGGGGAAACAUACUUGAAAACUGAACAAAUCAUUGAUGCAAUUGACAAAAAUUUCCCAGAAUUAGCAUUGGUUUGUUUGCCAGGAAUACAGUACUAUACGGGCCAAUAUUUUGAAAUUGAGAAAAUUACAAAGUAUAUCAAAUCGAAAAGUGGUGAUGAGAAUAUACCAGUGGGAUGGGAUCUUGCUCACGCUGUGGGUAACGUGCCGUUACAAUUGCAUAGUUGGGGAGUUGAUUUUGCUGCCUGGUGCUCUUACAAAUAUCUAAAUUCUGGCCCAGGUGCAAUUGCUGGUAUAUUCGUACAUGAAAAGCAUACAGCACAGAAUACUUCAGACAGUUACAAGCCAAGAUUAGCAGGAUGGUGGGGGAAUAAUAGCAAAGAACGGUUUAAGAUGAUUGAGAAAUUCGAUCCAAUUGCUUCUGCACUAAGCUAUAGGCAGCUGAAUCCAAGUGUCAUUGAUUGUGUGGCGUUACACUCUUCGUUGCAAGUUUUUGACAAAGCUGGCGGUAUGCAACCAUUAAGAGAAAAGAGCAUUGUUUUGACUCAGUUUCUUCAAGAGAUAUUAGUAAAGAGCAAAUACUAUAUUAAACAAAGUGAUUUGGAUCAAACGAAAUUUGGAUUCAAAAUACUUACGCCUUUAGAUCCAAUGCAAAGGGGUUGUCAAUUGAGUUUACUAUUCCAACCUCACAAGGAAAAUAAAGACGAGAAUGUGAUGGAGAAUGUUUUUAAAUAUUUACACCAAUAUGCUAUUAUAUGCGACGAAAGAAGACCUGACGUUAUAAGAAUAGCUCCAUUACCUUUGUACAAUACUUUUGAAGAAACUUACCGAGCCGCUAAACGACUACUUGAAGCUCUAGACAAAUUUGCAAUAGUAAACAACAACAACAACAACAACAACAACACAUAG